UUCUUAACUUUGCGCUUGCGUUAGAGGUAACAAUUUUAGUACAGGAGAGGGAAACAUGGCUGCAAAAAGUGUUUUAUGGAUUCGUUCAUUAGGGGAGCGGGUUGUUAGGACUGCACCACUUUCUCUCGCUCAGUCUUCUAGAGCGGCGUCAGGAGUGUCUAAAGACACGCUUCCUGGUCCUUACCCAAAAACCCCAGAAGAGCGAGCAGCUGCUGCAAAGAAGUAUAACAUGAGAGUAGAAGAUUAUGAACCAUAUCCUGAUGAUGGCAUGGGGUAUGGAGAUUAUCCAAAACUGCCAGACCGGUCCCAACAAGAGCGUGAUCCCUGGUACUCCUGGGACCACCCUGACUUGAGGCGAAACUGGGGAGAGACGAUGCACUGGGAUUUUGACAUGUAUAUUAGAAACAGAGUUGACACUUCACCGUCCCCAGUACCAUGGGCAUCCAUGUGUAAACAGCUUUUUGGCUUUAUUGGAUUCAUGAUGUUCAUGUUCUGGCUUGGAGAAAAAUAUCCUAGCUACCUGCCAGUGGGCCCUAAGCAAUACCCAUACAAUGACCUAUAUCUGGAGAGGGGAGGAGACCCCGAUAAAGAGCCAGAAGAAGUGAAGCAUUAUGAGAUUUGAAGAUUUUGCUGCAUGACCAGUUUCUCUUGUGGUUAUUAAGCCUAUGUUUAUAAAAUCUUAUCAAAAAUAUUUAUUAUAAACCAUAAAUGUGUCCUCAUUUGUGCAUUACAGCCGUAAUUUGAAAGCCGAAGGCAGAAUGCAUAAAAGAAAAGUUGUGGUGUUCUUGCAGAAAUUUGUUGAGGGCAGGGGCUCAGACAUAACAGCAAACACUGAUAAUUCUCACUCUUGCAUGACUUGAAGCAUGUGUUCUAAAGUGAAUGUGAAAGGAUAGUUGCAGGUUAGCAUGUUAUUUUGAAACGGAACUUACAGAGCAUCUAAUUCCAUUUAUUUUAUGGUCCAGGACAUGGUGGUAGUGACUGUACCCAUUUGUUAUGAUAUUUAGGUGUGUGCAAUACAUGCAACAUUUUGGAAACGAGUAAGCCUCCCAGCUGCAGAACUGGAUUGUGCUGAAAUGGGGCCCUAGAUAGGGUAAUGGAUAAGCACCCUCACCCAUUCCAGUGUUUUUUUACUUUUCUCUCUCUCCUCCGUUACCAUAAAUACUGUUCAAACCUUUCA